AUGGGACAAGAUAUAAAUAAUGAAGAUGUAUCAUCAACUACAUCGAAAUGUUCAAAAUGUAAAAAUGAAUUGGAUCAUUUAUAUCAACAAUAUCAAGUAUCACAACAACAACAUCAUAAAUUACAAUAUCAACAACAACAUAGACAAGAAAAACAACAAGAAGAUUUAUUUCAAUAUGAUCGAGAUGCAAUGUUUAACUUUGGAUUUAGAAAGAGGUAUAGAUUGGCAAUGUAUCUAUUCGAUUGGGUGUUUAGUUUGAUUGCAGCUCUAUGUGGUGCAUUCUUGUUCUAUUUCUUACCUGUUCGUGGUAGACUUUUUACUCUGACCGAUCCAACCAUUUCAUAUCCCGUCGUACCCGAAUUAAUACCCUUUCCAAUCCUAGUCACCGUCUCUAUGGUCAUACCAAUAGUAAUCAUCUUUCUAACAACUUUGGCUCAUAAACGUAAUUGGCAUGAUUUUCAUCAUGCUCAACUUGGUCUAGUUCAAACUAUUGCAAUAACAUUAAUGAUGGUAGCAAUAUUUAAAUGUUUUAUUGGAGGUUUGAGACCAAACUUUUUAUCAAGAUGUGAUCCUUUAAUUAUACCUGGUGUCACAGUUGGUACUGGAUAUGGAGGGAUUUAUUAUUCUAGUGAUAUUUGUAGAGGUAGUAAGAGUGAUGUCAAUGAUGCAAUGUCUUCACAUCCAUCUGGUCAUGCUGGAUUGGCAGCUGGUGGACUAGUAUAUCUAGCACUAUUCCUACACGCACGUCUCAAGACCUUUAGAAAUAGAGGUCAUCUUAUCAUAUAUGUUUUAGUGAUGUUUUGUAUCACUGCCGCACUUUUAAUUGGUGUCUCUCGUAUAGUCGACUAUCGUCACACCUUUAUGAAUGUAUUAGAGGGUUGGUUCAUUGGCACAAUCACUGCAUUCUCCAUGUACAGACUCAACUUUUUAUCAUUAUUCGGUGCCAACAAUCAUGUUUCAGUUGCCGACUUUUGGUUUUGGAGAUGGGCUCAACAACAUCAACAACAACAACAACAACAACAAUCAAAUUGUAAUAAUCAAAAUAAUAAUCAAAAUCAACCGAAAAAUAAUAAUAAUCAACAACAACAAGAACAAAUGAACGAUUCACAUCAAAUAGUUGAUAUUAAUCAUAAUAAUGUUCCAAUUCCAAUUGUAAAUCAACAACAACAACCACCAGAAUUACAACAAUAA